AUGACCUCACGCAUUGACAAAACGAUUGCUCGGCAACAAGAGAAGAUCGCCUCCGGUAACUACUACGAAGCCCACCAACAACUCCGUGUAAUCGCCGCGAGAUACAUCAAGCAGUCCAACUAUGACGCAGCUGCUGAAAUAUUGGCCGGUGGUGCGACCGCCCUCUUGAGAGCUGGAUCACAACAGGGUGCCUCUGCGAGUGGUGGAGAUUUGGCCAUCAUGUUGGUCGAUGAUGUGUAUAUCAAGGCGGGGUGGGAGAUUACUGGAGGCGAUGAGGAUGCAGAGGGACGGGCACGGAAGAAGCGUCUCAUCGAGCUUCUGCGCGAGUUUCCUUCGGAUGAACCCACAAGAAAGAGAUAUAUUCAAGAGAUGAUCAGCUGGAGUGGACGAUUUGGCCCGUUGGAAAGGGGAGAUCCGGAGUUGCAUCACGCAGUUGGUUCAGUAUAUGCGGAAGACAGUGAACCAUAUGAAGCCGAGAAACAUCUUGUCCUUGGCACUUCCGAAUCUGCUGAGACUCUGGCAAAGCUCGAGUACGAGUGGUACACAAAUGAUGAUCCUCAUACGGCGGCUAUCUAUGCCUCGCGCGCAGUCUUUCCUUAUUUAUUGGUAGGAAACCUCCGGAAUGCCAACAAAGCCUUCCUCAUCUUCACCUCUCGACUCUCCGCUUCGAAUACUUCUCUUGGUGUGCAGCAAGUGAGCAGCGCCAGCUCUGAUGUGCGAGUGUUCCCGGCACUGCCCCUGCUGAACUUCAUAAGCAUGCUUCUCCUUACAGUCCAAAGGAGCAAUGCGGAUCUUUUCAAGCAGUUGACCGCCCAUUAUGCGUCGCAGAUCCGGGAAGUGGGAAUUUGGGAUGAUGCUUUGUCCCAGAUCGGUGAGCAAUAUUUCGCCAUCAAAAUCCCCAAGCAGGGCAACCCACUUCUCGACAUGAUGGGCAGCAUGCUUUUCGGAGGAGGUCAAAAGCAGAGCGGAAGCAGGAGAGCACCACAGGCACGUUCCCAGUCAAAGGCGGUUGAGGCGCCGCCAGCAAGCAUGGAACUCGACUAG